AUGAGGCGUAAUGCGUUCAUUGCGUUGCCCGCAAUACUUAGUUACAUUUUAUUAUCAUAUUCUCAAAGAGUAUAUGCUGCAGAAGAAUUAUUUUUAGAUCUGGUUGAAAACGUGCAUAGUCUAACCCCCAACAAUGAGGACCAUGUCCAAGAUAGAUUUAUAGGCUCUAACGGCUUUAUUAUGGCAAUGAGUGAUCAUGCAUUAAAGGCUGCCCAGGUCAUAACUACUAAGCCAGCAACAACUUCUAAACCUGCCAGUACUUCCAGUGUGAAGCCCGCCACUCCGGUCAUAGCUACGACCAAGCCCACAUCACCUGCCGUAACAUCCGCCGUAGCUACAGCUAAGCCUUCAUCUACAUCUUCAAGCAGCUCCGCAUCAUCACUCAAGACUACAUCCGCAAGUUCGUUGAUUUCUUCAGUGUCCAAGGCGUCAUCUAGUUCUAGCUCAUUGUCAGCCAGUAAAUCAUCUUCCGCAAGCUCUACUAUAACCCCAACCUCAGAACCAGAUACAGACUACGAACCAUUUGAAGAGUAUCCUACGGAUAUAGAUAUGGAUUUGGUAAUGUACUGUAUGAAUGAGUGGGAACAACCGAGCUGUGUGGAGUUUUUCAGAUUUGUGCAUUUCUUCUUUGCAGCAAGAAUUCCAAACGAUCCUGAAUUAUCUGAUUAUCUCGUCGAAAUUGGUCUGACGCCACCAGAGGAUGAUGACCCUUUCACACGUACAUCAACUUCUACUUUCAGCUAUUACUACACUGAAUUUGCGACGCAAACUGUUAGUACUGAUAGUAUUGAGACUGAAUAUGCCACAAGAACUGUUUAUUUUGACGAAGAGGAAGGCACAGGCAAUGGUGUUGGUACGGGAACAAAUGGCGCAGGUACAAAUGGCGCAGGUACAAAUGGUGCAGGUACAAAUGGAAUCAAUACAGGUGUGAAUGGUGCAGCCAAUAUUUGUACAACUUCUAUCGUCUCUGAUUGCACAACUAUCAUCAGCACAUCUACGCUAACUGUCGCAGGUGCUACCCCACCACCUGUUACAAUAACUUCUACUGAUACCACGACUGACACUAUAACCAAGACUGAUACUAAGACUGACUUUGUAACAAUCACCGAUACCAAGACCGACACUAAGACUGACAUUUCAACUGCCACUGAUACUACCACUGCGACUGAUACCACCACUGCAACUGACACUAUCACUAAGACAGAUACCACAACUAACACUAUCACGAAGACAGAUACGACAACUGACACUGUCACGAAGACAGAUACGACAACUGACACUGUCACUGUAUUACCUCUUAAAGGACAAGAUAUGUGUGCUUCAAUCCUUGGUGAAGGUGGAAACGGACCUUUGACUGAUUCUGUGGCUUCAUCAUGCUUGUCAAGCUUGUACCUUAGAAUACCAACAUUAUCAAAGGGCUUCCCUACAGUUACAGCAACAGCAACAGAGACGAGUACUGUCACUUAUACUUCUGUCAGUACAUACCCUCAAGUUGACGUCCAAGUCCAUUUCGUUACUUCUACAAACUAUGCCACCUUGACUGAGAAGGCAGAUAACACUGUGUAUCAACUGAGCACUCUUACUGUAACAGACGUAGAAACUUCUUUAGCUACUACAACUGCUACAUCAGUUACUACAGAACAUCACACGGAUAUUGACAUACGUAUUGUAACAGCUACUAUCAACAACAGUGUCAUAACAACUGUUCAUGAAACAGAUGUAAUUACCGUAACACAAACUACAACAGACCCUGGACCAGAAAUUCGUAUUGUUACCGCUACAAUCAACGGAAAUGCUGUUCAGGCAAACGCAGCCGCACUUACGACAAUUACUUCUGAAAUUCACAUCCACAUCGGUACAGCCGAUCAUGUCCUGAAUAAAGACGAUACCACAAUUACAUGUUUAGGAAACGAUGGUGGAAUUGAGUAUCACGGGUAUGUCUCAGAUGGGUUAACAGCUACAAUGUUCCAUCAACAUCAUAAUCAUCACGGUAACAACGGAGGCUAUAAUGGAGGUUAUAACGGAGGUUAUAACGGAGGCCACAAUGGAGGCUACAGCGGAGGCUACAAUGGAGGUUACAAAGGUCAUCAUGGAAAAGCCGGUCAUUACGGACAUGAUGGAUAUAAUGGGUUACAUGAACACGAGGGCUCAGUAUUAAACAAUGGUGAUAUAGUAUCUGACAAUGACCAGCUCAUAAAUAACGCGUCCAUGAAUAGUACUCAGUCUAAUAGAGAUGCGGCCUUAUCAACUGUGUGCUCAGUGCAAACUAAAACGGUAACCGUGGCCGGUUCAAACACUGUAAAUGAUAACCCUAUGAUCACGAGAUCAGCAUUUUUAAUUGAUGGCUCAUACGUUCCCUUUAUCGAUACAUCCCUUCAAGUCGUAACAGAAUGCGAAACUCUAACGGUUGGUUCUGCAGCAAGCAUCUCUUAUUGUUCAGAUAUUUUCAAGCCACAAGCGUCGUUGUGUGAAGUCUGCAGUGAACCAAUCCAUGUCACAUCUACUCAAAUAUUGACUAUUCCUGUAAUCAAAAAUGC